GUUCGUACGCGGUCUGGAAAGUCUGGAAAAAGUCUGGAAUUUUUAAAAAUGAAUUUCAGUCUGAAAAAAGUCUGGAAAAUCAGUACUUUUCACUCCGACUGAACAAAAAUGUCUGGAAAAAGUCUGGAAUUAAAAAAAAAAAAGAAAAAAUAUUUCUCGCAAAAAAAAAAAAAGUCUCGGUUUCGUUUUAUAAUGAUAGCGGCUAGCCUAGAAAUCCAUAUUUAAAUGUAGUAAUGCAUCCGGCGGAAAGGCGCGUUCUGCGCAUGACUAGAUCUACUAAAACAUCCGUUUAUUUGAAUCCGUAUCAUUGAUGAUUCCUGCAUUGUCUUGUCAGUCUGGCGGUUGAUAACAUAUAUCGUGACUCUAGACACGGCCUAUUUAGUUUUUUCUGUGACUUGUGUGAAAAUGGGAAAAUGUUAUUUUUCGAAUCAGUGGCUUGAAAAAAUAGAAUAUAAACUAUGGUUACAAAGUGAUCCUAAAAAUGUUCGCAAUGCUGUCUGCCGUAUUUGUAAAAAAACCUUUGAUGUUUCUAAUAUGGGUGAACAUGCUUUAAAAAGCCAUGCAAAAGGUCUAAACCACAAACGAGAAGUUGAUCGCAUUCAGAAGGUUGAGGAAGGAAAGAUACCUGUGAUGGUUGACUAUUUUACUACAUUUAGAAAAUCAACAUCCUCGCAUGCAUCUACUGAACCAUCUUCUUUAGCCAACUCACCCACAACUUCAUCUUCUAAAAAACCACUCCUUGCUACUGGAGAUAGUGUUUUGACUGCUGAAGUGCUUCACUGUUUGAACUUGGUGGAAAAGCACCAUUCUUUUAACAGUAGCAACAGUAGUUCGGAUCUGUACAAAAAAAUGUUUCCUGACUCAGCUAUUGCUUCUGGUUUUUCCUGCUCAGAAAGGAAGGCAGCAUAUAUGUCAACGUUUGGCAUAUCCCCAUACUUGGCUGAAUUACAACGAAAGGCUGUCCUCUCUGAAAAAGAUUAUGUGCUUUUGUUUGAUGAGACACUAAAUGGCCCACUACAAUCAAAGCAGCUAGAUGUUCAUGUGCGUUAUUGGAAUGGCAGUAGUAUAACAACAAGAUACCACAUGUCAUAUUUUCUAGGCCAUUCAAGGGCUGAUGACCUCCUAGAUAAAUUAAGAGAAUCUAGCAGAUUCUUUAAUAGAGGUGGACUGCUACAGCUUUCCAUGGAUGGUCCAAACGUCAACUGGAAAGUUUUUGACAUCUUUCAGGCAGAGCUUAUGCAAGAGUCUUCUGUAAAACUUUUGAAUGUGGGAUCUUGUGGACUCCACAUUGUCCACAACUCAUUUAAAGCAGGCCAUUCUGCCACAUCCUGGGAUAUUGGAUCCUGGCUGUCAGCAUUACACUGGUUGUUUAAAGACAGUCCAGCUAGACGGGAAGAUUUUAUUAAUCUUACAGGGACAAGUACAUUUGCUUUGAGAUUUUGUGGACACAGAUGGCUGGAAAAUGUUCCUACUAUUCAGAGAGCUCUAGAAAUAUGGCCAGCAGUGAAAGUGUUCUUAAACAAAAUAAAGGGUGAUAAAUCUAAAGAACCCACAUGUAAGUCAUACAAAAAUCUUGUGGACUUUGCUGCUGAUGCUCUGCUAGAAGCCAAGGCUCAAAUUUUUUUGUCCAUUGCACAAGAACUCCAGCCUUUUCUGACUAAAUAUCAGACGGAUUCACCUAUGAUGCCAUUCAUUGCUGAAGAUUUGUUCACCACAAUUAAAUCUUUGCUAAGAAGGAUACUUCAGGCUGAAACACUGAGCAAAUUAAAAAGUCCACGUGAUCUUAUUGCUCUUGAUCUUAAAAGUAAGGACAUCUUUUUGGCAUAUUCAAAAAUUGAGAUAGGAAUUGCUUCGUCUAAGGUGUUGCAGAAGAUUAAGGCAACAGAUCUGCAAAUAAUGACUCUAAAAAAUGAGUGCAGGCAAUUUAUUUCAAGUCUGGUGGCUAAAUUACUAGACAAGUCACCAGUUAUGAUUCGUUUAGUACAGAAACUGUCCUGUCUGAAUCCAUCAUUGAUGGCAUCAUCUCCCCAACUAGCAGCUUCCCGAUUUAGGGAUUUGUUAAUAAUUCUGGGAGAUUCAGGAAGGAUUUCUUUAAAUGAAUGUGACCAGAUUUACAACAAAUUUGUCAAAUGCCUGGAAGCUUUGGAAGAAAACAAUUUGAAACCAAAGUUUGAAUUGUUUCACCCAGCAACAGAGCGUUUGGAUGAUUUUUUAUACAACAAUUUUAAACCACUUGAUACAGCUCUCUGGGGUGUUUUGAGACCCUUACUAUUGUUAUCUCAUGGCCAGGCGACUGUUGAAAGAGGAUUUUCACAUAACAAAGAAGUCAUGAUUGAAAAUAUGCAUGAGGAAACUUUAAUUGCACAGAGAAGAAUAUGUGACUUUUUAAAAGUAAAUGGUGGUGUGUUAGAUGUAGCCAUUACCAAACCUUUACUGACAGCUGCUGCCUCUGGACGUCAGAACUAUAAUCAAUAUUUGGAAAAACAAAAGACUAAAAAAGCUGAGAUGGCCAAAAGUUUGAAAAGAAAAAGACAUGAUGAUGAGCUGUCAGACUUGAAAGCAAAACGGAAAAAGCUCAUGGAAGAAGAAAAAUUUUUAAGGUCAUCGGCUGACAAAUAUGCAGAUGAGGCAGAAGCUAAACAAAAUUUUAAGCUUUUAUCAAAAUCUAAUGACAUGCGCCACGAGGCUAAAGUCAAGUCAGCUGAACUGGUUGUUUUAGAAAGAACAAUACAGUCAAAGCUCCAGGAGCUUUUAGACUGUUGAGUUUUUCAUCAUCUGUAUAUAUGUAUAUAUUAAUCUCUUUAUGUAAGUAAAGAAAAUGUUUUUUAUUUAAUCAUAUAUUAUUUGUCUUUUUAAAAAUUGGUACGAUUUGAUGAAUUUUUUGAGUCUGGAAAUUUUUUUUGAAAGUCUGGAAAAAGUCUGGAAAAUGUCUGGAAUUUAAUUUUACUUAAGCUGUAUGAAC